AUGAAUCGGACUCGGACUCUGAAUCCUAUACCGGCUACCUUUCUGCGUGGCGGUACAUCGAAGGGCGUAUUCAUCAAUCGUUCUGACCUUCCCGAGGACCAGUCGCAAUGGGAUCCUAUAUUUCUCGGCAUCAUGGGGUCUCCGGAUCCUGAGCAUGGACGCCAGCUGAACGGCAUGGGUGGAGGCAUUUCCAGUCUUUCGAAGAUCUGUGUCGUCGGGGCGCCGUCUACAGAGCAAAGACAGGCUGGGAUUGACGCGACCUAUACAUUUGCCCAAAUCGGUAUACGCGACAGUGCCGUCGAUUACACCGGUAAUUGCGGAAAUCUCUCAAGCAUGGUCGGUAUCUUUGCUGUGGACGAAGGAAUCUGCACGCCGUACGUUCGUGGCCAAACCGGCAUUGUUCGUACGUUCAACACCAACACCAACAAACAGAUCAACAAUACGUUCCCAGUCGCUCUUGAGGAGGACCAUCAUAUCCCCAUACUUGAUCUCGAGCAAGGUAUCAAUGCUGGCGUACCUGGAAAGGCGUCGCAGAUAGUGCUUGACUUCGUCUCUCCUGGUGGUGCUGGGACAGGCAAACUUCUACCCACUGGAAAUCCGACCGAUGUUCUGAACUUAUCCUCCGAUUUGAACCUUCGCGCUUCAUUGGUCGACGCAACUAACCCCUCUGUGUUCAUUACUACUGAAGAACUUCAAAAUAUUCUCGAUUCGCAUUCUCCAAUCGACUUCUCCAACCUCGCGACUCUCGAGCUACUGGAACGGGUGCGUCAGAAGGGGGCAGUGCGUAUGGGAUUGGACCCUUCGGCACAAGCGCAACCUAAAAUCGCAGUCCUCGAGGCAUCGUCUUCCACUGAAGCUGAUAUUGUCGUUCACGCAUUGUCGAUGGGUGUUCUUCAUAAAGCUGUUCCUAUGACCGUAGGCUUAUGCCUUGGUGUUGCCGCACGCAUUCCCGGGACGGUUGCAUGGGAGAUUGUGGAGCAGUCGCGGACAGGAGGAGCUUGUAGCCCGGAGCUACUUAAGAUCAGGCAUCCAAGCGGUGUAGUGGAUGUAGGGGCAGAGCUCGCAGAAGAUGGGGAAGUGAAGAGUGCCAAGGUGGUACGAACGGGACGCAGAUUGAUGAAAGGAGUCGUAUGGUGGUAG